CAGAGGGCAAGAGAGAGAGAGGAGGAGCUCCACCUUCAAUCUUCUCUAAUGGAGUCUCUCUCACGUCCUUUACACCGAAGAAAACUGUCGAAUGCUAAUACUUUCUCAGCUAAAAACGCCUACGAUGGCGUCUUCUCCUCCCACCGCCCCAACUACGAUCGACCUCCCGCUGUUAAUCUUGAAGAAUACUCUGAGAUUUUUAGUAGCGGUCAAGCUGCUUCUUCGAUUCCGGUUCUUGAUCUUUCAACUUUACAAGACUCGUCUGAUGCUACCAAUUUGGAACUUGGAAGCACGAAGCCGGAUUACGGUAAAAUUUUUGGUGGAUUUCGUGACCAAGACAUCGCUGUUUCUUAUGAAGAGUUGUUUGCUCGCAACAAAGCUAGGGCUCCUUCAUCAACAAGCCAGAGCUCUCAAGAGUUGGGUGAUCCGGCUCAUCAAUCUUCCGAUGCCUUGAAGCAGUUUAACAUGUCAUAUAAUAAGAUCAGCCAAAGGAGCAAGGAUGGGUUAGAUGGGAAAACACAUGUCACACAAUUACAUGCUGUACCUGGAUUUACAUUUUUUAUCGAUGAAGCAGCUUCUCAACCAAAGAAGGAAACCGAGAAGCAAAAAUCUUCUGUAACAAAUAAUAUUCAUCUCAGCGUAAACUCCAGCAAGGGGGAUUUUCUUGAGAAAGAAACUUCACGAAGUGCUGUUGGAUCUAGAAGUAAAUACGGUCAAGAUGAAUCCUUAUCUGACGAUAGAAAAUUUAAGACAGCUCAGACCGAUUUCAAAUCACAUCCCUUCAAAGCAUCAUCAUCACCUGCAGCUUCAGCAACCAAUGUUGAAGCAGCUUCUCAACCAAAGGAGGAAACUGUGAAGCAAAAAUCAUCUGUAACAAAUAAUGUUCUUCCCGGUGUAAACUCCAGCAAUGGAGAUUUUCCUGAGAAAGAAACUUCACGAAGUGCCGUGGGAUAUAGAAGUAAAUAUUGUCAAGAUGAAUCCUUAUCUGAUGAUAGAUAUUCUAAGACAGUUCAGACCAAUCUCAAAUCACAUCCCUCCAAAGCAUCAUCUUCACCUUCAGCUUCAGCAACCGACGAUGAAGCAGCUUUUCAACCAAAGGAGGAAACUGUGAAGCAAAAAUCAUCUUUAACAAAUAAUGUUCUUCCCGGUGUAAACUCCAGCAAGGGAGAUUUUCCUGAGAAAGAAACUUCACGAAGUGCCGUGGGAUCUAGAAGUAAAUAUUGUCAAGAUGAAUCCUUAUCUGAUGAUAGAAAUUCUAAGACAGUUCAGACCAAUCUCAAAUCACAUCCCUCCAAAGCAUCAUCAUCACCUUCAGCUUCAGCAACCGACGAUGAAGCAGCUUUUCAACCAAAGGAGGAAACUGUGAAGCAAAAAUCAUCUGUAACAAAUGAUGUUCUUCCCAGUGUAAACACCAGCAAGGGGGAUUUUCCUGAGAAAGAAACUUCAGGAAGUGCUGUCGAAUGUAGAAGUAAAUCUCAUGAAGUUGAAUCCUUAUCUAAUGAUGGAAUUUCUAAGACAUUUCAGGCUGAUAUCAAAUUACAUCCCUCCAAAGUAUCAUCAUCACCUGCAGCUUCAGCAACCGAUGUUAAUCAUAAAGAUUAUCAGAGGAGAUCAACUGCUGCAAAUACCGGGACAUGUAAAAGUGAUACUCCUAUGGAUUUUUUUCCUACUUGCUUUGCUGAGGAACUUGAUGUCAAUUCUGCUGCCGCUGCUUCUGCAGCUGCUUUGAGAAAAGCUAUAGAGAAGGCCCAAGAAAGCAUACGGAUUGCAAAAGAAUCAGUGGGAAGAAAGAAGGAAGGUCUUCGAAGCUUUUCAAGUAAAAGUUUUAAAGAUAGCUUGAAAGUUAAAACGAGAGUGGCGAAUGUAAGCAUGGGUGAAGAUCAGAAAGACAGAGAUAGUAAAAUUAAAGAAACCUUUGAGAGAAUUGGUGCUGCAUCACAAGUUUCUUCCAAUGUAGGAAGGAACAAUAAGUAUGGAGGCACAGUAGUUUUUCCAGACAUUGCAGAUGGUGAAAAGCUUUUUGGUGCUAAGAAGGUUAUAGAUGAAAUGCAUGGGAAAAUUUCGGAAUCAGCUAAGAACUCUGAGAUACCAAUAAGGUCUUCUUAUGAAUUGAUAGACAAUAAGAUAGUUUGUAAUUCUAAAGAAGUUGCAGGUGAAACAGAAGCUGUAGAUCUUGGUUCUGCAGGAAACUAUGAAAAUUCAGCAGAGUAUUCCGAAGCAGUUGAAAGUAAUACAUGUGAAGCUCCACAGAAGGAUAUUUGGAGACCAAAUGGUUUUCUUGUACUUGAAAGUUAUGAAAAGAAACUAGGAGAUAUCGAGGAUACAGUCACAGAUGACAAGCCUAGUGAGUUGAAGGAGAAUAAUUAUGAGGCGAGACCAAGUAAUGCCCAUAAAUUGGUUGAAGGAUUAAACAACUUGGCUUUGUAUCAAAAAGUGGAAGAUGAGAAGAAAAUAUCCCAAGGGUCUGAUCAAAAUGGUUAUGAGAAGAGAUUCAGUGAAGCAUUGGAGUUGUUGGAAAAUAAGAAGCAAGGGCUUCUUGAACAUGAACACAAUGAGAAAGUAGCAAAUGCAGAGAGGUAUGAACCAAAUAGCGUUGAUGAAACAAGUGAGAAGGUGCUUGAAGAUGAAAGAGAACUGAAAGAGGACAGCGGCCUUGGAAGCCUCAAGGAAGAAGAUACAAGUGAGAAGUUUUAUGAUGUUUCUGAGCUGGAAAUGAUUGAGAAUGCACAAAUGUAUGCCAAUAGUUUAGGAAAAAACGAAGUGUCCCCAAAAGAGGAUUGUGAGAUGAAAGAGAAAGAAAGCCACAAGGGAGAAGAAGCAUGGAAAAAAUUGGAUAAGGUUCAUGAAUUGGAAAUUUAUGAGAAUUCGUCGAGCGAUUAUGAUGAUGCAGAAGGAAGUGAGAGUAUGCAUGGCUGUAAUGGUCUAAGCCAGGAGGACUGCAAAGUUGGCCAAAGUGACAACAAUGUGGGAUCGAGUCAAGAGGUUGAUGAGGCUAGCAGCAGCUCAGCGGAAGUUAUAGGAGCUUUCUAUGAGGUCCACGUAGAAGAUACAGAAGCAAUAGAGCUGCAGUAUAUCUCGGAAGAAAAAGAGAUAUUUGAAAAGAUUUCUGUAGAUCAUACUGCCUCUGAAUACAAUGAGGAUGAAUGUGAAGCAAAAUCUGACAGUCUGUCAGAUUGUAUAUUAGCUGAUAUGCACGUUGGACAAGAUGAAACUGAACAAAUCGAUACACAAUCUGAAUCAUCUUCGGAUAUGAUACAUGGUAUGGAGAUAGAGGUUAACGAAUAUAAAGAAAGAGAAGAGACUAUCGAGGAGGAGACAAUUGUUUCUGUGGAGGAAAAGGAAAGCAGCCUCCAACAAUCACAUGAAGGAAGACCCGAAAUUGGAAUUAAAAUGGAAACAGGAACAUCUCAAGAACCUAAGGUGUCGACUGAAAUGGAAGGAACCAUGGACAUGAAUGAGAAUAUCAUAACAAGCCACUGUAGAGAAAAGAAGGAUGAAACUAGAGAAUCUGGGCCAAGCAAAAUGGUGGAAAAGGAGCGCUACAAAAAGAUUGAAGGAGUAACAGCUGAAGAACGAGAGCGGGAGAGAAAUAGAUUAGCUGUGGAAAGAGCAAUCCGUGAAGCUAGGGAGCGUGCCUUUGCUGAAGCUCGUGAAAGAGCUGAAAGGGCUGCUGUCGAGAGAGCUACUGCUGAAGUUCGGCAAAGAGUAAUGGCUGAUGCUCAAGAAAAGGUCGCAAAAGCUUCUGUUGGGAUCAAAUCUUCCGAUAAAACUUCUGCACAAUCAAAGCUUAGAGCAGAGCGUGCUGCAGUAGAGAGAGCCACCUCAGAGGCUCGACAGCGAGCUUUAGAAAAGGCAAUGUCUCAGAAUAAAACCUCCGAGCCAAGGGCUCAAGCUAAUGAGACUGGGCAAACCUCUUUUUCUGAUAUACACAUUUCCAAUGGAGGGAGUGCUGAAUCAGCUCAGAGAACUAAAGCAAAAUUAGAAAAGCAUAACAGGAUCAUGGAACGGGCGGCCAAAGCUCUUGAAGAAAAAGAGAAGCGUGAUCUGCUUGCUCAAAAAGAACAAGCUGAGAGAAGUCGAUUAGCAGAAAAUCUUGAUGCUGAUAUCAAAAGGUGGUCAAGCGGGAAAGAAGGAAACUUGCGUGCAUUGCUUUCAACCCUGCAAUAUAUCCUUGGAGCUGACAGUGGUUGGCAACCUAUCUCACUGACAGAGAUCAUAACCAGUAGUGCAGUUAAGAAAGCUUACAGGAAGGCCACUCUUUGUGUGCAUCCUGACAAGCUGCAACAAAGGGGUGCAAGCAUUCAGCAGAAGUAUAUAUGUGAAAAGGUUUUUGAUCUUUUGAAGGCCGCCUGGAACAGAUUUAACUCGGAGGAGAGAUAGCAGAACGAUUUGCGAGUCUGGUGAUGAGUUGAUGAAUUAUUUGCAUUAAUCUUUAAAGAAUUAUUUCAAGGUAUAGAAAUCUUCUUGAAAUCAUCAAGUUCUUUGGAAUUCAGUUCUCAAAUAUGGGAAAUAUGAAUUAUGACUGUAAGUGUACAUACAUACAUUUAGUUUCCAUUUUAUAACUUUUGAAUGUUUGGUUAGAAGCCCAAAAAAUUGCAGGAUAUGAAAAUAUGAAACUACAGUAGGAACUGGUUGGUACAUGAAUUACAUAGCUUUUUUUUCAUGAUUGUAUGGAUAAAAUUGUUUGUAUGAAUUAAUCUGUCAGUAAAAAUUGAUAAGGUUUUUAU